AUGAAAGAGGAUCAUUUUAAGUUGAAAAAAAUAGUGCAAAAAGUAAAAGAGAUGAUGAUCCUGGUGUUCCAUCAAGAAGAAAAUAAGUUAUUAAUGAAAAAUAUGUUUGUUUAAGUGAUUUGA